AAGAACAAGUGGAUUUUUCUGAUAAUUGAGACGACCUAGAGUGCAACAUACUCGGAUGCAUGUUGGUAGUCAUACAUCUUUCUUGCUCUUUCAUUCUUCUGCCUUUCGGUUUGUUCUGUCGUCUGAAGUGGUCUGCAGACAGCUCAAAAAUUCACUCAAAAUGUCCCUAAGUCAACAGCAAGCGGGCAAAAGAAUGGAUAAAUUGAUUACGGCCUCCUUGACACAAGUCGGUGUGAGUCUAGCCUGGGGACUAGUGGCAUCAUUAGUUUUUUUUAAGAGGAAAAGCUGGCCUGUCGUUGUUGGAGCUGGUUUUGGUGUUGGAGCGGCUUAUGCAGAUAUUUCAAAUGAAGUUAAUCUCAACUCAUAGAAGUCUUGAAAGUCAGGAGUGACCUGAGGCCAAAUUGGAGUCAGUAGUGUUCACCUUCCAUCGGCGCACUUUUGUUAUUGAGGUCCAUACAAGAAGAUGUCUUUAUGAACAGAACUUGCUCACUUGCAUGUUUUCCACUAAGUUAUAAAUCCUGUCAACAUAACAAGGACGAAAUGAGCGCUGUGAUGCUAGAGAUAACAUUUGUGUUACACUAAUAUAUGGUUAAAUUUGUUAUGAAAUUUUCUGCACUACCUUUUACCAAUCUUUUUAAAUAGAAAAUAUUUUUGUUUGA